AUGGAGAAACCAUGCUUGUAUCAACUGCUGAUCAUCCUGGCUUUAUCAAUUCAAUCUGUGGAGUUACAAAGGAGGACGUGCGAUAAAGUGCAAACUUGCCAGCUCAGAGAGGCCACCGUGCACUGGGAUGCUGCCCAGAAAAGUGUGAUCCUGAAGGAGGGGGUGAUGGAGAGAGAUGGAGGAGCCUAUGCAUACUUCAAUGACACUCUGCUCCACUCUGGGUGGGGUGUACUGGAGAUCAGUGCCGGCUAUGGAGGAGUCACACAGGAAGAUGAGACCACCUUCUUCCUGGCUGGUUAUCUAGAAGGUUACCUCACUGCAGGACAGAUGUUCAGUCAUUAUUCCAACAUGUACCCUCAGCUGAUCAAGGACGAGAAGGUUUUGAAUCCACUGAAAAGCUUUCUGAGUAAACAAGACCAGUGGAGCAGAGAGCAGGUGAAACUGUGGGGAAGCAGUGACCCCUUGUGGAAGCAUCUGGGACUGAUCCUGGCCCAGCUGGAUGGACUGCAUGCAGGAGCAGCACAGUGGGCCAAAAGCAGACAAAUAGAGCCUCUAUCAGCAUUUGCGGUCCAGUUCCUGAAUGGUGUUGGUGACCUCCUGGACCUCGUCCCAACUCUGACGCCUCGAUCCAACUCCUCUGCGAGGCCAGGCGGUCUCAGGAUGCCAGGAAUGGGUCACUGCACAGCCCUCAUUAAGGUGCUGCCAGGCUUUGAGAACCUGCUCUUUGGCCACUCUAGCUGGUAUACCUAUGCAGCCACCAUGCGGAUCUACAAACACUGGGACUUCAGGGUGUCUGACACUCGGGUCGCCACUGGAAGAAUGUCAUUCAGCAGCUACCCUGGCUUCCUCAUGUCUCUUGACGACUUCUACCUGCUGGGGAGCGGCCUGCUGAUGACUCAGACUUCCAUCGGGGUCUUCAAUGCCUCUCUGUUUUCUCAGCUCAGCGCUCACAGCCUGCUGGCCUGGCAAAGGGUCCGCCUUGCCAACGGUCUGGCACACAGCGGUGAGGAGUGGGCACAAAUAUUCUCCAAAUACAACUCAGGAACAUACAACAGCCAGUACAUGGUGGUGGACCUGAGCAGGAUCGUUCUCGGUCACAGCAUCAGAAACGGAGCUCUGACAGUUGUGGAGCAGAUUCCUGGAAAGGUUGUGCACUCUGAUCAGACUCAAGCUUUACGCAGAGGUUAUUGGCCAUCCUACAACAUUCCAUUUCAUAAUGAAAUCUACAAUCUGAGCGGGUACGGCGUGAUGUGGAGGAGAUACGGAGAAGAUUUUUCCUAUGACCUAUGUCCCAGAGCGAAAAUCCUGCGCAGGGAUCAUGCCAAGGUGUCCGACCUCAGCUCCCUCAAACACAUGAUGAGAUACAACAACUAUAGGAGGGAUCCUUACUCAAAGGGUCAUCCUUGUAAAACCAUCUGUUGCCGUAAUGACCUCAGACCAAGGAGACCACUCCCAGGGGGCUGCUAUGACACUAAGGUGACAGACUACCAGAUGGCUCUCCAGCUGGUGGCCGAGGCAAUAAAUGGUCCCACGACGCAGGGGGGUCUACGGCCAUUCUCAUGGCAGUCUUUUAACCUCACAACUCAUCACGGACUCCCACACACCUACAGCUUUCCUUUUGUCAUCAUGAAGCCCACACUAUGCCAGCCAUGCCGAGUGAAAAGAGAUGAAAAAAACCCUUUAUCUGUAUGAAGCUGUCAUGAUUUCCUGUUUAGAUCAAUAGUUCUGAAAAUGUUGUGUCAGAACACUGAACAUCCUGUUGUGACAUACGAACACAGUAUAAAAAAGACUGGCAAAACUAGGUAGACGUUUUCCAUAAUGUAAUAUACUGUAUAUUGUUAAACAUGGAUGUUAGAACCUGUUUUCUACACCAUUUCCUAUUACUGAUCU